AUGGAAGAACUUCCUUUCAAGUAUCUGGCAGUACCUCUAUCAACCAAGAAGAUGUCUGUGAUACAAUGGUACCCCCUCAUAGAGAAAAUAAUGGCAAGAAUCACCUCAUGGAAAGCUAGGAAGUUAUCAUAUGCAGGAAGGAAACAAAUAGUACAAACAGUGCUCUUUGGAGUUCAAGCUUACUGGGCUCAACUAUUCCUAUUUCCAGCUAAGAUAAUCAAAUUAAUUGAUAGUCUGUGUAGAAGUUAUCUUUGGUCUGGUGUUGGGAAGGUAACUAGGAAAGCCUUAAUAGCAUGGGAAAAAGUAUGUAGGCCAAAAAAUGAAGGAGGCAUGGGGCUGAUAAAUAUGCAAAUAUGGAAUAGAGCUGCAAUAGCCAAACUUUGUUGGGAUUUGGCAAACAAGGAAGACAAGCUGUGGAUCAAAUGGAUACAUGUAUAUUACAUGAGAGGGCAGAAUGAUUGGCAGAAGAGAGAACAAGCUAGUUGGAUGAUCAGGAAGAUAAUGCAGGCUAAACAAAUAGUUGAUCAAGUUCACAUAAAAGAAGGAAAAGGAAUGGUUAAGCAAAUUUAUGAUCAUUUGAGAAGGGAGCAACCUAAACCAUUGUGGAAAUGCCUAAUGUUCAAUAAUUCAGCAAGUCCUAAAGCUAUAUUUACUCUGUGGAUACAUAUGUAUACAAAGCUAGCAAUAGUGGAUAGGCUUGCUAAAUGGGGGUUAACACAUGAUACAGCUUGUGUGCUAUGUACAAAUAGGGAUGAAAGUAUGGACCACAUGUUCUUACAAUGUUACUAUGUAGGGGAAAUAUGGGAAAGAGUAUUAGCAUGGGCUGGUUUCAAAAGCAACAGAGCAGAGACAUGGACACAGUUUGUGCAAUGGUGUAUACAACAUGGGAAGGGGAAGACUACAAGAGCACAAUUAUUCAAGAUGAUAUUAGCUGAAGUUGUAUAUGCUGUUUGGAAUGAGAGAAACAAGAUAAUCUUCGAAGACAAGAAGACUUUGAUAGAUGCGAUUGUUAAGAAGAUAGCUGUUGUAACUAUUGCAAGAUCUCCUAUUAGCAUUAGUAAGAUUAUUAGCCAUAGGAAGAUUGAUGCUUAG